CCCUGAACAUAUAAUUUUAUCGGAUCAAUUAACCAAUUUCAAUGUCAAAAUAUCAAUUUUGUUACAAAUUUCAUUGAAUAUUUGUUUAUUUGCACUAAAUUGUUUGUGGAAAGAAAGCUUCUUGUUAAAAUGGAUCGCUUUACAAAGCAACGGGAAUUGCCCGUUCCCAUGCUGCUGGACAGAGACUGCCUGCGCCAAGUUAUUGCCACCUACAUGGACAAACUGUCGCAGAAUCAUCCACAGGCAACAAUGGGCAUGGGCACACCUUCCCCUUGCUUUCAGAGGGAGUUUUCUAUGCUGUGGUACUUGGACAACUUCUUUGACGAAAUAAAGCACUGCUUCGUUGAGUGUAAAGCUAAGAUUAGCCCCGAAGCAGAGGCCUACGCAGCGUGCUGCAAGAGCAGACAACAAAUGGAACCUCAAAUCAAAGCGCAGAGUGACGCCAUAGUGAACAUAGAAGAGGACUCGGAAGUCCGCGAGCGUCGUCCGUUCCGUUUUAAACCAAAGUGGAGGAUCGAGCACCAACAAAGACUUAAUAAGGAUCAGAGAGACAUAGAGGGACUUCGGCGAAGCCAGAAACUGAAGAGUGAAGCCGCGAAAGGUGUCCAUGCUUCUGGUCCUUAUCGUGAUCCAACGCCCGAGCCGCCGGCAAUGCAGGAGCCGGAAGAGAACCAAGAGAAGAACGAAUCAUAUGAAAAGAACUUGAUGAAUAUGUUUCCCCAUAACAAAUCGACUGCCUCGAUACAUACGCCCUUUGGAAAAUACAUUGAAAGCGGAAAAACCAAAGAGGAGUCGCAUGAAGCCCACGAUAUAUUCGAUAAGAUGCUUAAAAGUGCGGCUGCUGUGGUGUCAGAGCACCACCCGUCGCUCAAGAGCACCCACACGUUGAUCACCGCCAAGGAUGUGACGAAACUCAAGGAGCGUCGACCGCCACAUGUGCCACAAAAGGGACACAAAGACCAGGCGAUGAUGCCGCAGGGGAGGAGCUCGUACACAAAACCCUUAAAGGAAAUGCUGCAAGGCAAAACCUUUUCAGAGAAGGUUCCUCUGCUAAAGAGCUCGCACCGAAUGCACUUGGGAAAGGAUGAGGAUUCCAAGAGCAGGCCAAGAAGAGACUUAAGACUUCAGAAAAGAGCUUCAGGGAGCGCCAAGAAUGAGGAUAGCUCCGAACAGGCAGCGUCAGGACUGAAGACAAAACCUGCAGGUAGCCCCAAACAUGAACGGGACUCCAAUCGGAAGCGAACGACGGGGAGUCAGCGUCAAAUAGGACCCAAGAAGAGAUCUAAAUAUAGCCCAAAAUAUGAACUGCAAACCCGAGAAGGGAGGAACAGUGUCGACAGCUUUGCCAGCGUCAAUCUGGAGACCUUCAUCCAGGAAAGACAGAAAGCCAACGCCGACAGAGAGAGGUCCCUCAAGCAUCGGGAGAAGAAAGUCAACAUAACAGGGCCAAAGUUUUCGAAAACCUUCGGUAAAAUGCUAAAGGGCAAGGCAGCCGCCAUACCAGAGCUCCACCCGGCGCUGAAGAGCUUCCACCACAUGCCCACAGCCAUUGAUGAGGAAUCGACUCCACCCACGCGAGCACAUCGCUCGAAACACGGAAAAAUCAUUUCAGGGAUACCCGCACACAUUCACGCAGCCAAGCGCAUGCCCGCACACGCACACAAGAGUCGCCGGAGACCCAUGGAGGCCAGUUCGGAUGUGAGCUCGAUUGCCUCGAUCCUAAAACCGCCAUCUGAAUUUGAGGAUAAACCCCAUCAAAUCAAAGGACUGCCCGACAACAAAACCUGGUAUAAGCCCAUCAGAACGAAAUUCAAGUCUUCGGGGAAUAUACCUCGUCUGGGCAGGCAAAGGUUCGCUGACUACGUGCCGGAAAAACUCAUACCCUACGCCUCCCACAUUGACGCUGAUGUCUUUCAUAAUUUGUAUGUGGGUGAGGAGGGGCCACAGCCGACAGAGGAAAACACACAAAUAAAAAACUUUUCGUUUUACAUCAAGAACUCCAAGCCGGAUCGUAAAAUAAUGAGAAGAGAGGGCUCGAAGCACUCCAUUGGCUACCUGUCGCCCACGAGAAGUCUCCUCAGCCGUGCCAGUUGGCUGAGCAGGAAGAGCUCUCACAGUUACACAGAAAAAGGAUCAGUGAUCAGCCUAAUGGAUAUGGCCAAGGCUGUGCUGCCCGAACAGAAAAAAGAAGUGAAGGAGGAUGAAGUGUUCGAUGAAUUAGACUUUGUGUUCGGAAACAUGCCAGACCCUUUCCUUACCGAGGUGAACACACCCUCGCCCAUGCUAUCUGUGACCACAUCCAGGCGGCACAGCAAAGUUGUGCACCGUACGGAAAACACCAGUGAGGAACGGGCCAUGCUGGAGGCGAAAAUCAAGAAGCUCAUGGAACACUGUGCCAUUCGGCAGAUCCAUCAACCCAAGGCGAAGCGUAAUUUUGUGGCCGAGGCCAUUCACCGCACCUACCUUCCACCGCCACACAAACACAAGAAACCUGAUCCCAGCACAGCGAAGCAGCGGCCCAGAGACAAGUUCCCCAUCACUGUGGAGCUGCUGAGAGUGCCCAGGGCCAUCAAGGGUCCAACUGUCUCUGAGAGGGGCCGCCAAAAAUACCUGUCCGAAAAGUCAACAGAGUGGGACUAUCCGCUGUUGGAGCCGAUAAAGCCUCUAAGGAUACGUCGCUAUUCAAAUCGCGGCUCUGCUUUCAUUUGCAUGGACAAACAGCUGGAGCACAAGAAAACUCUCGAGGAACUGCCAAAGGUGGAUGAGCGGGAAGCUGGAGAUAGCCAAGCCAUAGAUGGAGAUCAUUGUGACUGCAGCAUUUGCAAUCGGCUCGGAAAGCAUAAACGCGAGCCAGACUCUCCACUGAUCAAGAGGUUAAAGGCCCAGUCGCGACGUCUCGAACUCCGUGCUUACUAUCGUCAAAUGAGGCGUCGAGAGCUGCAGAAAGGCCUCCAAACGACUCCUGUAGAGUGCUGCCCAGCGCAGAAAGCGAGCUGCUGCUGAGUGCGAACAAAAGAAGCAGCUUGCGAGCACCUUAAACGUAAUACAAAGCAUGGGUUUGGGUGACCAGAGGCAGCCCGGAACUCUGGCUGCCAGGUGGGAGCAUAAUUAGUGCCUGACCUGACAGCCAGAUGGUCAGACUGCCUCCGCCAUCCUUCGAGUGUGCUACAGGUUUAAACGGUUUUAUUUGCGUACAAAUAACAAAAGUGAUUUAAAUGCAAUGCUGGCUGGAAAGACUUCA